ACCCUAUGUCACUUCGUCAAAUGAUAUAAGUGACAAACCCCUUCGUUCGAUCUCAUCUUGGAUCCAGCUUACCUACUCGUCCGAUCUACCUGUGACUCUGUUGCUCUUUCACAUAUUCGGACGUCAGUACAUAUACAUCCUACAUACAGCUGGACAUCGCAUAUGGGAUCCGGAUAUCCCCCACCAGACCCAGUAUCGAAAGGAACGGAUCAGCAACGAGCAGCAACCUAACAUCGCAAAUCAAAUAUAUCAAAGACGACCUACUUGCACGUAAACCCAUACCAACGAUCAAUCAAACCAAUCUGUCAUAUCCAGCAAAACAUUCUGUCGUCAGCCAAUCGAAUCACGCAAAGAAUGGAAAACCAAAUCAAUAUCACACUAUACUAGAACGGAAUCCUAUCACCCCCAAUAUUCCUUGAACUACUCUCCAUCGAGAAACAAUAACCUGAAACCUUGAAGCUUCGCCCAAUCUCCAGAGCUACUCCGCAUACUACUACUGUACUACUAUCUAUCACUCCUCAACAACCCUUAAGCAUCUAUCUAAUAAGCAUCUAACAUUUAAACCUUCCAACCCUCGAUCCUUACCGCAUCCCUUGCUCCAUCGACUCUCGGUCCCAAUCAAUCGCAGUCGCAGGACCCCAUGUCUUUUUCCACUCUAGUCUAAUAAUAUUCUUCUCGCGCACACUUAUGAUCCCUUAGCCUUAUUAGCUCCCAAGAGCUCGGAGGUACCCAGCCAUACGACACUAAAUUAAUCUAAUCGCCCCAAACCGCGAAACUCUCUUUUAUAUUUAUCUUUUAUUUUGGCAAUCCAAUACAGUAGCUGGGACGCCUGGAAGCUCCUCUAGCCUUAUACUAGUGCACUUCCCCUUAGCCAAUUUACUUUUACCAGUCGACCAGCGAGCUCAACAUCGAGUUGAUAGCAUUGCAUUUAUUUGAUAUUAUAUUGGUCUACCGGUAUACACAAUACAAUACCACGUAGUUUAUUUAUAUUUCUGGUUACAUUAUUUAUAUAUAUACAUCUGCAUUUCACCAAUCCAUCAUCUAUUUUCAGUUUGCCAACGACUUUGAUUGAUUAUUUAUUCAUUCAUUCACUUGAUCCAAACCAUUCCCCUCGUCCCUAAGCGGUAUUCCCUUUACCACGAGGUCGCCCAGUAAAGUUAAUCAAAUCAAAUCAAAUCAAAUCGAUCAAGCAUUAGACCACCAUUAGACCACCAUCCAAAAGACUGCUUCACCCCUCCAGCUCUGACCAGGAAAGAUCCAGCCAAACGCAUCUGCAACCCACACUUCCCUCCCUACCCUACGAAAGUCCACACACCCACACCCACACCCACACACACCACACCACACCACACUACUCCAUAAGCACAGACCAUUUUCCAGACCCAAUAACCUACAUAAAUCAAGCAGACGCCUCCCCGGCCGCCAUCCAGGUGAUCGACAACUCCACAUUCUCCAUUCCAGUAAAUACACUACCAAAAUCCCUAACGAACCGACGAGAUUUGUCUGAUCUCUUGAUCUCCAAUAUCCCACCGUCUUUUGGGCUCAAAUCCAUCCAUAUAUCCAUAUAUUCAAAAAUCAGAGGCUUCCUCAAGUUAUUCAAAAAGAUCAAGAGAGCACUUUAACUCAAAGUAUUCCUUCUUACUCGAUUCUUCUUCCCUUCCUCCGUCACAAUCACCUAUCAUUUCUACAAUCACAAGCAAAGCAAAACAAGUUAGGAAAAGAAGGAAAUAUUUCCACUCCCCCAUUUUUCACUACUUCUUCCCUCGUUCCCUCGCCUCGGUGGUGCAUCUACCCGUCCGAACCAAGUACUUUUCACACGCGACAAAGUGAAAUUGGUCAUCUAGAGCAGAAGUAAGGAGCCGUCAUUAUUUUAAAUCCUUCGUCGUGGACUUUCCAAUAAUCUACCACGAUUAUCAUGGAGACCGUCAGCUUUACAGCUCGCCGGCCCGCCGCAUCCAAUCUUCCCAACUUCCAGCUUCCCCCCCCAGAACCCCUUGGAAUGCACCAUCACAAAUAUCAACAACAAUCCAACAACUAUAUUCACGGAACCACAAACAGUUCUUCCCAGCCUGUUCCUGCUGUCGCCAACAAUAUAUUAACGCCUCCGGCUGGCGUUUCGCAUGACGGCUUAAGUCCUCUUGCAUCCAGCGUCAACAGUGGUAGCUCGGGUAGUUCAACGGCCGGCGUACCUCCCUAUCAACCUUCAGCUUUCUGGCCAAAUACUCAGUCUGGAAACAACUUCACAUUUAGUUCUGCGCCACCGAUGAGUGCGCCUUAUGCUCAGCAACAACAACAGCAAAGCUAUAUGAGUAGACCAUUAUAUUCGCCCUCCAUGAGUAGCUAUCCAGGGUCACGAAUUCCCCAUUCUCCCACUUCAUCAGAAGGACUGCCACCACCUACCUUUGAGAGCCUUCCUCCCUUCUCUACCGGAGUCCCAAUGUCUGGUUCAGGUGGACAACAACAGAAUCUCCCCACUCUUGCACCACAAAACUCCCAGCAGCAACAUAUGACCAGUCACAAUCUUAUGAACCUUCAUCAAUCCUCCUCUCAAGCACCCCAACAGGGCAACGUGCCAGCCCCCGAUAACUAUGGCGGACGCGCACCUCCAACUCCAAAUUACUAUCCCCCCGCAUCCACCCCUCAACAAUCAAAUUUCCCCGCCUAUGCCCAACAAUCACCUACACAACAAUCCCCCAAUUCCUCCUCCGCCCCUUCUAACCGCAUCUCUCCCAUCCAAACUCAUCACUCGCAUUCUUCCAUGGGCGCACCUCACCAAGGCUAUCCUUCCCGUCCUUCAUACCCACAUUACAAUCUCCCCACCUUAGGCGCACCUAUUAUGUCGAAUGUUCACCAACCUGGUAGUCAAAUGGCACUCCUCGGUGGAAUGGGCAAUAUGGGAUAUCAACAAAUGCCGGGACCAAUGUAUGGGAGUCAUCAUCCUCAACAGAUGCCUCAAAAUGACCGUCCAUUCAAAUGCGAUCAGUGUCCGCAAUCUUUCAACCGCAACCACGAUUUGAAACGUCAUAAACGUAUUCACUUAUCUGUGAAGCCAUUCCCAUGUGGUCAUUGCGAAAAGAGUUUCUCGAGAAAAGAUGCAUUAAAGAGACACAUACUCGUCAAAGGCUGCGGAACAAAGGCUGCAAAUGGCGCUGCGAAUACCAAUGGAGGUUCUCAAUCGCCUGUCGAUAAAUCUGAGAUUUUGAGUGAUUCUACCAACGACGAGAGCCCGGAGAUGGUAAAGAAGGAAUUGUCAUAAGAACGUGACAAUCUAUUGUCAUGACUUGACGAUUUCUUUUCUUUUCUUUUCUUUUGCUGAAAUGAAAAUUUCAACAAUAUGGCAAGCACACACUACAAACGCAAACCGAUGCGCAAGCCUGGGUCGGCGGAUGGGUGUUCAUUCGGCGCCUUGACACUAAAGGAUAUGGGCGUUCGGAAUCUAUCUGGAAGAUAUGGAGUUGGAUGGGAUGGCUAGGGAUGAGGAUCAUGUGGGAUAUAACUUACACUGUAUGGCUGGGCGGACAUCUUCUUUCGAAUAGGACAACACAGAACUCUAAGAAAGUUGAAGAUGAGGUUGGUGGCGUUGUUAUGUGGUUCUCUUUGAGCGUGUUCAUGAAAUCUUGAGCAUUUUGACAGAUGUCUUUCUGUUUCUUUUUUUUUUCUACAAAAAAAUGCCAGAACUUGGGUAUUGGUGUGGAAUAUAGUAUCUUAUCAGAGUGGAUUUGUUUCGGAGUUGCGGAUUUGUCGAUAUGUGUGUACGACAUCUCGAUUUGGGCGGAAUGGAAAUGAAUGGGUACCUGGCUCCGAUGGGAUAGCAUUGGGAAGCGAAAUGCGAAAUGGAAUCUGGGUGGAGCUUUGGCAUGGGAAUCGAUUCGGUAAAUACCUUUGAAUGCGUUUUGCUUGUAUGUUUAUCUUCUAUAUUCAAUUUGGGGGAUGGAGAGUGAAAAGCCUCUUUUCUUCCCCAUUUACUCUUCUCUCUUUUUCGUAUCUCCUUGCCCUGUUAGGUGAUGAGUAUACGAUGCGGGGAUAGGUGAUGGGUGCGUUUUGCACGCUUGAUGGCGCGUUCAUGUUGCGGAUCGGGUUCCAUAUAUGAUAUUAGCGGAAAGGGGGGUGGGUGAAGAACGAUUUCUUGGAGCAAGCUAGCAAGCGAUGUCAGAUUUUGAUCAUUUUACUUUUUGUGCCCGAGAAUCUAUCACAUUAUCUCAAUUCAAUUCAAACUAAAUUGUGGAGUGGAUU